UUACCUCUCAUUCAUUGGAGUGAGGGAGUCUGGGACACUGCUGUAAUACGGAAACAAAUUAUGAUUGGGAAUGGCACACAGAGGGGCUUUAGUGCGGGAUGUGUCCUGUUGGACUUCUGGGUGGGAGAGGAAGAGGUCAUGAGAUCGAGCUGUGGCAGGAAUAAGAGGCUUCACCGAGCCAUUGGAAAGGAAACUGCAGGACAACCGUUGAGAAAGUGACAUUGUUUAUCAUCCCCUCGCUCUUCGUAUGAGUCAGAAUGAGGCUGAAGCAGGAUGUGAGUCCAAUAGUGGUCGUCAUAUUCAGGCUAGUGGUUUGGCUGUACUCUCUCAUCUCUUACCUGCCGUACCUGUUGUUGAGCUCGUCUGACUCACAGUCGUUCUCCGAGUGCUCCCGGAGGAUGAAGGCCAGUUCUGUGAGCGGACACCCUUCGGGACCAUACCGGGACAUCGGAGCGCUGAGGGUGCUGGCCACAUGCCUACAGCCCGGGCUGAACACACUCGACCGGGUGUUUGAAUCGUCCGUAUGCCGCUUUCCUCACUUCGACUGUCUGGGAACCAGAGAUCUGCUGAGUGAGGAAGAUGAAACUCAGGAAGAUGGAAGAGUCUUCAAGAAGGUGAUUUUGGGACAGUAUCGCUGGUUGUCGUAUGAUCAGGUGUAUAAAGAAGUGAGAGCUUUCGGCAGCGGUUUGGGUGCUCUAGGACAGAAACCUCUGAAAAACAUUGCCAUCUUCUGUGAGACGAGAGCGGAGUGGAUCAUAGCAGCACAGGCCUGUUUCAUGUACAGCUUCCCAUUGGUCACUCUUUACUCUACUCUGGGUGGUCCUGCUAUUGCUCAUGGACUCAAUGAAGCUGAAGUUUCUCACAUCAUCACCAGCAAAGAACUUCUGGAAACCAAACUCAAGAAUAUUUUGCUAGAGGUGCCGAGAUUACGACAAAUCAUCGUUGUGGACGAUAAACUCAAGAGCGGCUCUGAAUACCCACAAGGCAUCAGUGUCCACAGCAUGGCGGCUGUGAAGAGGCUGGGGGCCCACCCUGAGAAUGCGUCGAGGCAGAGACGGCCUCCGUGUGCGUCUGAUGUGGCUGUGAUCAUGUACACCAGCGGCUCCACCGGCGUGCCAAAAGGAGUCAUGAUCUCUCACAGUAAUAUUAUUGCUGGAAUCACUGGCAUAGCCGAGAGGAUUCCCAACCUCGGUGAGGAUGACACGUAUAUUGGCUUCCUUCCUCUGGCUCAUGUGUUGGAGUUGAGCGCUGAGAUGGUGUGUUUGGCUCACGGCUGCAGAAUCGGCUACUCUUCACCACAAACACUCGCAGACCAGUCCACCAAGAUAAAGAAGGGAAGCAAAGGAGACAUUAGCGUCCUGCGGCCCACUUUAAUGGCAGCAGUACCAGAGAUAAUGGAUCGGAUCUACAAGAAUGUGAUGCUAAAAGUGGAGGAAAUGAGUGUUUUUCAGAGGACUCUUUUUCUAUUGGCCUACAACUAUAAGAUGGAGCAGCUUGCGAUGGGAUACAGCACACCACUGUGUGACAAACUGGUCUUCAGGAAGGUUCGGGCGUUGUUAGGUGGCCGUUUGCGGGUGUUACUGUCAGGUGGUGCACCUCUGUCGGCCGUGACCCAGCGGUUCAUGAACAUCUGCUUCUGCUGUCCUGUAGGUCAAGGCUAUGGCCUCACGGAGACCUGCGGCGCUGGGACCAUCAGCCAGCUUUGGGAUUACAGUACGGGACGAGUUGGCGCUCCGCUGGUUUGCUGUGAAAUUCAGCUGAAGGACUGGAUAGAGGGUGGAUAUUGCAGCACUGACCGGCCCUGUCCGCGAGGGGAGAUUCUGGUCGGUGGGCCAAACGUAACAAUGGGUUACUACAAGAACAAACAGAAGAACAGCGAGGACUUCUUCAUGGAUAAGAAAGGCCAGUGGUGGUUCUGCACCGGAGACAUUGGAGAGUUUCAUGGAGACGGCUGUCUGAAGAUUAUCGACCGUAAGAAAGACCUGGUGAAGCUUCAAGCAGGAGAAUACGUGUCUCUCGGAAAAGUGGAGGCCGUUUUGAAAAACUGCCCACUUGUUGACAACAUCUGUGCCUAUGCCAACAGUGAUGAGUCUUAUGUGAUUGGCUUUGUGGUGCCCAAUAAGAAGCAGCUGCUGGCGCUGGCUGAGAGGAAGCGAGUCAGAGGAUUGUGGGAGGAGCUCUGUAACAACCCAGUCAUCGAGGAGGAGGUGCUUAAAGUCAUCACAGAAAUGGCACUGACAGCCCAGUUAGAAAGAUUUGAGAUCCCACGCAAGAUCCGCCUGAGCGUCGAGCCCUGGACCCCAGAGACUGGCCUGGUUACAGAUGCUUUUAAACUCAAACGAAAGGAGCUAAAAUCUCACUACCAGAACGACAUUGAGAGGAUGUAUGGUGCCAAAUAGAGCCAAACCACUGCUGAUUCCAGACAAAACCACUGGACAGGCAAGAAAAAGUUACUUAUGUCACUAUAGCAAACUCCAGCCAGGAUGGACAUUACAGACGUGAACAUAAUGGUUUGGAAAUGUUUUCAUACAGUGUGAUGACCAACACUCUCAACCAGCAGCACUUAAAAGUGCCAAAAGUGAUGUUAGCCUUGCUAACUUCUACCAGACUUCUGCUAAACUGAAGCUGUUAAAUCCCUUCCAAAUACACGCAUACUCUCCAAAACACUGCAACGUCGACAAAUCAAAAAAGCAAAAAGGUUCAGUGCUGUUACAUGCAUCCAAACAAUCCAAUAAUAAUAGCUCGAUAAGACUGAAAAACUUCAUGAAAACACCCCAGUUGAGAUGACUGAGCUUGAUCCAA